UUUAGGGAAUUAUAUACACCAAAUUGAAUUUUAAUAAGAGUAAGGCAUUACCGUGUGUAAUUUAUUAAGAUUCUCAAUAUCCAACAUUGGAAUCUUGGUAAAUAAUAUUAUUUGACACAAAUAGUGAUAAGAAUUUAUUUUAUACAGCGUAUAGACGACAACUUGACAUUGUCGCAUGGAUUUGAACAUGAUUUAUCUUCGUUUCAUUGUCUCGGUAUCAACUUUGUUGAACUAUUGCCAGGCGUAUGAAAGUUGUGGCGGAGGAUAUUACUGUAACACCGGAUACUGCUGCAGGGGCGGAGUCUAUUGCUGCACAUACAACACUGGAACGUCUGGAGGAUCUCUGUGGUGGGUUAGUCUUAUCGUCUUUUUUCUGCUGGCAAUAUGUGCCGUAGUUGGAUGGUGGUGCCGACGAAGAAGAAAUGCGGUUCCCGUUCAGGUUCCAACUACCGCCGUCUUCACGACAUCUCAACCUUAUAACCCUGCACCGCCGUAUGUUGCAACGCAAACAACAACUACUGCUCAGACCUGAUCAUUGACGUGACAAAUGAUUGUUAACAAAAAAGAGAUGAAUUUUACUAAUUUUCAUUAUCCGUAUUUAAUUAAAUGAACAUAAUUUUAUGUGAAUGCAAUAAUUAUACCCCUAUAUAUAUUUUCUUCAUUUUUACUCCUCGCUAAGUGGUUUUAUCAACGUCAUAACGUACCGCAGUUUUCAAAG